AUGGACAUCAAGGACUAUUUUGCCAGAAUUUCUUAUCAGGGCUCCUACGAUAAGCUGGACCUGGCUACCUUGACAGAUAUAUUCCAGCACCACAUCCGAGCGGUCCCUUUUGAAAACCUCAGCAUCCACUGUGGGGAAAGCAUUGAGCUGGACCUGGAAGCGACUUACAACAAGAUAGUGAGGAAGAAACGCGGGGGCUGGUGCAUGGAAAACAACCACCUUUUAUCUUGGGUCCUGAAAACCCUUGGCUACCAUGUCACCCUUCUGGGAUCAAAAGUUUAUGUCCCGGAGUACAACGCGUAUGCGGAUGAAAUCGAUCAUCUGCUCCUAAAAGUGGUGCUUGACAACAAAACCUACAUCGUGGACGGGGGGUUUGGGAUGACCUACCAGAUAUGGCAGCCAAUGGAGCUGGUUUCGGGGAGAGACCAGCCGCAGACUCCUGGGGUCUUUCGCUUCCUGGAGGAGAGCGGGGUCUGGUACCUCGAGAAGGUGAAAAGGAAGCAGUGGGUUCCCAACCAAAGCAUCUCCACUUCCCGUAACACGGAAAAAGAAGUUUGCCGGCGGGUUUAUCUCUUUACCCUUCAGCCACGAGACAUCGAAGAGUUCAGAGCCCGCAACACCCACCUGCAGACAGCACCGGACUCGCUGUUUGUGACAAAGUCUAUCUGCAGCCUGCAGACCGCCGAUGGCAUCCGGGCUCUGGUGGGGUGGAAACUCACUGAGAUAAAGUACAAUUAUAAGGAUAAUAUGGAUCUGGUGGAAAUCAGAAUCCUUGCAGAUGAAGAAAUGGAGAAAACACUGAAAGAGCAAUUCAAUAUAACACUAGACAAGAAAUUUGUACCCAUCAAUACUAGCAGGUUGUCUCUGUUUUAA